AUGGUACUCCUCAAGCUUCCCUGGGAAACACUCAGUUGCCAAGACACCAUGGAAAGCUGCCAUGGGGCCAGCGCGGAGAAUUCACCCCCCAGAGCUUCUGUCAGCCCACCAGCCCUCCCGGUCGAAAUAUGGCAGCAAAUCAUCCUCCACAGCAUGGCAGAUCUCUCAGUCAGAAACGCGUUUCGACUUCGUCUCGUGAGCCGCGACUUUUCUCUCAUGGCCAUGAAAGCCAUCCACGAGUCGGGAAUAUUACGCCUAUGCUGGCAUCUGCCCGAGGGAAAGCGAAGGAACAAGUUUUGGGUCGACUAUCUCACUGCCAGAGUCAUGAACAAAGUCCUGACACUCGAGCCAAGUUCUGAACAUCUCUGGCUCAAGGCGAUUGCUGAACGCAUCUUGGAAUGGAGGGAAGAAGAAAGAGCACGGGGAGACCGGCCAGAUUGGAGCAUGAAGAAUGAGGACGAGCUGGAGAAUCUUGUGCGUCAAAUCUCCGAGUUUGCAGCGUUCCAGGGCGAAUUCAGCGAGCCUCUGAAUUUCUACCUUGGACUUCGGACAUGUGGUAAGCCCUGGGUUCCUGUGCUGGUGCUGGACGAGAGCUGUGGGCUGUUUCGAGAUGCAUUGCUCGCAGUCGCAGUCUAUCUGAAUGAAAUCACCUUUCUUCAUGAUAGACUCGACGCUGGCAGCAAAGUCACCUGCACACACCACCCUCCCCUCGAAAGGCAUAAAGGCCAUUACCGUCCGGCACCUUUCAACUGCCACCCAAUCUACGAAAUCUAUAACACUGAGAGGUUCGGCCGCAAGCCAUCGGAAAGAGAAGACGCUGCCCGGUUCACGUUUGGAUCCCCAAUCUCAGUCGCCAUGCGGCUGAGAAGAAACGAAUGCCUUACCGCUCUGAUAAAGAGCUUGGAGGACUUUCCUUCCGAGCUCCUCCUCUGUAGGGCCGAGAUGUUUCGCGAGGCUGACCGCAUGUGCAAUCUGGAGUAUAUGCAUCUGGCGAUAGAAGCCGAUCCGCCCUUUACUGCAUGUCCGGCUGUCAGGCCGCGGGACUAUGGAUUCCACGAUGACACGCGGAAGGAGUACGCGGUCAAAAUUUUCCGCGAUUUUUUCAACACUACCACCUUCCUCGAGGUUUUCGAUAUGCUCUACCCAAUCAUGACGGCGAAUUGCCAGGCAGGCGAGGUUCCAUAUUGGGACUACUAUGGGUCAGGAGAUGACUUUGGACGCUGGGGAACAAAGAGGAUGUACAAAGCAAUCCGGGAUGGAUCCUUGCCUAUCGUCAAGAGGCUGGUGCAGCACAAGUUUAGUAUCGGACCACAGCCCAUGGUAGAAGCUCUUGAGAGUGGCUACGACUACAUGGUCGAGUACUUUCUCAGUCUGGGUGUGCGACUCGACGGAGCUUUGGCUGUUCCUGCAAGAACAGGAGACGUGCAGAUGGCCCAGUUUCUCUUAGACAAAGGAGCUGGGAAGAACAAGGAGAGUGUGCGGAACGCGGUUGAGCAGGCCAUGAUACAUGGCAACGAGGACAUGGUCAUGUUUCUCAUUGAAAAGGCACCGGCAAAGGGGUUACUGAACAAAAAGGCAAAGGCAAAUCUGAAGCGUGUUCUGGGGUAUGAGAAUAAGCCAGAGAUGUUGCCUUUGCUGAAGCUGCUGUAG